GGAGCUUACAGAGUACUGCCACCGACUGACAGACAGACAAACCAGAUCACUACCAAUCAGAGGCUUGUUGAAGCAGCAUCCCCAGCUGAAUAUUAUAACGUUUACUGUUUCUGGGUUCUGAGUUUGCCUGUUUGGGUUCACAGUCCAACCGUGAAGCACCUGAGCCCUGGGAAUCCCCCUCCAGCGCUGCAAUGAAGUCCAGAGCUCUCUUCUUCUGCCUCCUCCUGGCAUGCUUCUGUCUCAGCCUGGCGCAAGGUUCCUACGAGAACUGUUGCUUAUCGUACGUCAAGAGUGUCAAACCGUCCGUGAAAAAGGCUGUUAGAUCCUACAGGAUGCAGGAAACUGACGGGGGCUGCAACAUCCAAGCAAUCGUGUUUAAGAUGAGGAAAGGAAAGGUGUUUUGCGCCAAUCCAGAAACAUCUUGGGUGCAAAUGUUGAUGAAAAAACUCGAUGCGAAAAACAACAAAGCUGAAAACCCAAAGAAGUCUGACUGAAUGGAACCCUUCCAGCCACUGGUUUCAUAGCAUGCAAGAAAUGAGAUCAGUCGUUUUCAGGCAUUCUGUAUCAGCCUGUAAACUGGCAGUAAUUAACAUGCUUGCAGUGAUGCAGGCCCCCCAGGGCAUCUUAUCCUUCUUCUGUCCUGAGAAAUGACAUCACCGGGCUUCCACACUGCAUCCUCUCUCUUGCUACACUGCCACAACCAAACCAAAGAAUCAGUCAACACUGGACAAUCCUGAUUGCUGUCACUAACUGCAUACACACCGUUCCAUAAAAAAAAUGCUUAUGUCCAUUAUGUAGCAAUAUUUUAAUAAUAAUAAUCUUUUUUUUCUUUAAUGAAAAUGUAUAAGCAGAAAUUGUGUGUUACGAUUCGUGCAAAUGCUUCUAAUUAUAUAAAGAUAAUAUAGACAGGAUUGCAUGACAUCAUAUGUUUAAUUUUUGUCAAAUGUGGUAAUUAAAGGCUAAAUAUGUGAUACAUGUGCAUUUUGACUUCAAGCGCUCUGCCGCUAAUGUAAA